AUGGAUAUCAAAGAGAAUGAUUCAAAAUUAUUUACACCUGGUCCUUUAACAACCAGUUUAACAGUUAAACAAUCUAUGCUUCAUGAUUUAGGUUCACGUGAUACUGUUUUUUUGAAUAUAAUUGCAUAUAUUCGUGAAAAUUUAAUUAAAUUAGCAGAUGCAUCACCUGAUGAAUAUAUAGCUGUACUCCUUCAAGGAAGUGGUACAUAUGCUGUUGAAGCAACAUUUUCAACAUCUGUACCACAACAAGGUGCUAAAGUUUUAAUCAUUGAAAAUGGUGCAUAUGGUCAACGAAUGAUAAAAAUAUGUCGAAUAUUAAAUAUUCCUCAUGAUGUUCUUUCAUUUCAUGAAACAGAACGUGUUCAAAUUGAUCAAGUUGCUAAUAAACUUAAAUCAAAUACAUAUACACAUGUUGCUAUUAUUCAUUGUGAAACAAGUUCAGGAAUUUUAAAUCCAAUUGAAGAUAUUGGACAAUUAGUAUAUGAUCAUGGUACAACAAAAGGUUCAACAGUAUAUAUUGUUGAUUCGAUGAGUGGUUUUGGUGCAAUUCCUGUUAGUCUUCGUAAUGGUCAUAUUACAUAUAUAAUUAGUUCAGCUAAUAAAUGUAUUGAAGGUAUACCUGGUUUUGCUUUUGUUAUUUGCAAACGAAAACAUUUACUUACAUGCCAAGGUCAAGCACGUAGUUUAGUACUUGACUUAUAUGAUCAAUACACUUAUAUGGAACAGAGUAAACAAUUUCGUUUUACACCACCAACACAUGCUAUUCUUGCAUUUAAACGUGCAUUAGAUGAAUUAGAACAAGAAGGAGGUGUAGAAGGUCGAGCUAAACGAUAUCAAGCUAAUAAUAAAGUUAUUCGAGAAAAAAUGCAUGCGCUUGGUUUUGUUGAAUUAAUUAAAGCUGAGUAUCAAACAUAUAUUAUUACAUCGUAUUAUUAUCCACCGGCACCAUUUCAAUUUCAAACAUUUUAUAAUAAACUUAGCAAUAAACAUCAAUUAAUUUAUCCUGGAAAAACAACUGAAACAGAUUGUUUUCGUAUUGGUAAUAUUGGUCGAUUAUUUGAGAAUGAUAUGGAAACAUUAGCUAAAUGUAUUGAAGAAAAAUAUUUUGCAUAUGAAGAAAUACCAAUAACUAUUGAAGAUGCAGCAUGA